AUGAGUGGUAGCGAGGGCAGCUCAGGGCACUCGGCCGCCAGCGACUCGGCGGCGGAGAGAGUGAAGAAGAAAGAGAAGGCGCGCGUGAGCCGGACGUCCCUGAUCCUGUGGCAGGCGCACCAGAACGACACGGCGGCCGUGCGGAAGCUCCUCGAGGAGGACCGGUCGCUGGUGAACGCCAGGGACUAUGAUGACCGGACUCCUCUCCACGUGGCGGCGAUCCACGGCUGGAUCGACGUUGCCAAGUGCCUCCUCGAGUACGAAGCAGACUGUGACUGGGAGAUUGAUCCUGGUGAGCUGGAUUUCUCGAAUGCUACGCUUGUGGGGAAGGGGUCUUUUGGGGAGAUAGUGAAAGCUUGUUGGAGAGGAACACCAGUAGCUGUCAAGCGAAUACUUCCAAGCCUUUCAGAUGAUAGACUAGUAAUUCAGGACUUCAGGCACGAGGUAAAUUUGCUUGUGAAGCUUCGGCAUCCAAAUAUAGUCCAAUUUCUAGGAGCUGUAACAGAGAAGAAGCCCUUAAUGUUGGUCACUGAAUAUUUGAGAGGGGGUGAUCUGCAUCAGUAUCUGAAGGAAAAGGGGGCGUUGAAUCCAACAACUGCAGUCAAUUUUGCAAUGGAUAUGGCCAGAGGCAUGGCUUAUCUUCACAGUGAGCCGAAUGUUGUAAUACACAGAGAUCUUAAACCAAGAAAUGUUUUACUCGUAAAUACAAGUGCGGACCAUUUAAAAGUAGGAGAUUUCGGGUUAAGCAAGCUGAUCAGAGUACAACAUUCUCAUGACGUGUACAAAAUGACUGGCGAGACUGGAAGCUACCGCUACAUGGCGCCUGAAGUCUUCAAGCACCGGAAAUAUGACAAAAAGGUCGAUGUUUUCUCCUUUGCAAUGAUAUUGUACGAGAUGCUUGAAGGUGAACCUCCGUUAUCAAAUUAUGAACCAUAUGAAGCGGCCAGAUAUGUAGCAGAAGGACACAGGCCCAUGUUUAGGGCAAAAGGUUUUAUUCCUGAAUUGCGGGAGCUAACCACACUGUGCUGGUCAGCAGACAUGAACCAGAGACCUACUUUUUUGGAGAUUUUAAAGAGGCUCGAAAAAAUCAAGGAAAAUCUGCCAUCCGAUCACCACUGGCAUAUAUUCUCAUCGUGA